AUGACGGAUCAAGACCAAGAUGCGGACCACGCCCCUCAACCCAACCCGCCGAACGACCACGAACAAAAUGAGAAUGAGCCGGCACAGGCUCAGGUAGAGAUACACGCACACACCCAAAUAGCGGUCUCUACGAGAGGGUCUUCAGAUGGAAACUCUUCUGCGCCGCUGGUCAACAGCAGCGGUUGGGACGGCAAACUGCGCAUGCCACCACGAAAUGCCGUCUUGACCAACCCUGAAGUCCUGUCUGAUCCAGAUUACUCCGACCCGGAAGCUCCUCCUGUCGAACAGAUCGAGGCCGAUGAAGAUUUGCUUGACGACUACCCACUGGAUACUGAGGAUAUUGACCUCGUGCAUUGUCGGAUAUCCUCCAUACCCGCACUGAAACUCGAGCGCUUUACCAAACUCAAGAGGUUGUGUCUGCGGCAGAAUGCCAUCCAAUCUAUAUUUCUGCCCUCAGAACUGGGUGAGACGCUACAAGAGCUGGACUUGUACGAUAACUUGAUCUCACAUGUCAAGGGACUCGAGGAUUUGAAGAGCCUGACGAGCCUGGAUCUUAGUUUCAACAAGAUCAAACAUAUCAAGAAUGUCAACCAUCUGCGCAAUCUGAAGGAACUGUAUUUCGUGCAGAACCGCAUCUCCAAGAUUGAGAACCUUGAAGGACUGGAGAAGCUCACUAUGCUCGAGCUGGGGGCCAACCGGAUCCGAGAGAUCGAAAACCUCGAGCCCGUCCCCAACCUGGGCGAGCUAUGGCUGGGGAAGAACAAGAUAAGCGAGAUCAAGGGCUUGUCCCCGUUGACGAAUCUGAAACUUCUCGACUUGAAAUCAAAUCGCUUGACGGCCAUAACGGGCUUGGAGUCGCUGCCCAAUCUGGAGGAACUAUACAUUUCACACAACGGCAUCACAGAGAUUUCACCAAGUUCGCUCGCCAACAAUCCGAAACUGCGUGUCCUCGAUAUCUCCAACAACCAGAUCUCGCAUCUGGAGAACAUCGGACACCUCAAAGAGCUGGAGGAGGUCUGGGCCAGCAGUAAUCAACUCUCGGAUUUCCGAGAAGUCGAGCGCGAGUUGGCCGACAAGGAGCAGCUCGAAACGGUAUAUUUCGAGAUGAACCCUCUACAGCUGGCUGGACCCGCUGUUUACAGGAACAAAGUUCGUCUAGCAUUGCCACAGGUCAAGCAAAUUGAUGCCACCUUUGUCAGGGUCUAG